AUGGUCGACAGCAGGGUGACCCACAACAAGGCUGUCAACUCGGAGGCACGUACCUUGACCGAAGCCACGCGGGGAGCCCAACUACGGCUAGGAACUUGGGAAGGUCGGGUGGAUUUCAUGGUCCUCCCCAUGGAUGACUUCAGCGCCAUCUUAGGGAUUGAUUUCCUAACCAGGGCCCAGGCAGGAAUCGUCCCUCAGUGGCGGGCGGUCUUACUUGCAGGAGGACCGGCGCCGUGUUUCGUGCAGGCGGUGAAAACAACACGACAAGGGCUGCAAUUGCGCUCAGCAUUGCAGCUGCGAGAUGGUCUGAGGAAGGGAGAUGAGACCUUCCUCAUAACACUGUUGGAGCUGGAGCAGUCGGCAGAACCGGGGGAAGAUGGGACUCGACCGUCUUACCCCCAGGCCGGCGGUAAUUUGCGCGGCCCUUUCUGCCGGCAAACUAACAGAGCAGCCACAUGAGGUGGUCUGCUUGUUGGAGGACUUCCGGGAUGCGAUGCCAGACCUCCCUCCAGCACGGCUCUUACCAAAGCGGGAGGUCGAUCAUGAGAUCUAGCUCUUGCCGGGGACGCGACUGCCAGCUCGCGCCCCCUACAAGAUGGCACCGGCAUAUCUCGAGGAGCUUCGCUGACAGCUGGGAGAGCUGUUGAAUGUCGAAUAAAUCCGUCCUUCCAAAGCCCCCUUUGGUGUCCCCGUCCUCUUCCAGAAGAAGGACGGAUCUCUACGACUGUGUCUAGAUUAUCGGGCAAUGCACAAGGUGAUCGUGAAGAAUAAAUAUAUUGUGCUCAAUGCGGAAGAACUCUUUGAUCGCUUGGGAGGAGCCCGGUAUUUCUCAUGGAUGGACUUGAGAAGCGGCUAACAUCAGGUCUGCAUUAGGGAGGGGGAAUGAGCAGAAGACGACAUGCGUGACUCGUUUUAUGGUUCGUACAAGUUUAAGGUGAUGCCUUUCGGCAUCACGAACGCGCCGGCUACCUUCUGCACCCUGAUGAAUGUCAUCUCAGAGAGUAUAUCGACAGAUUUCUCGUUGUAUACUUAGAUGACUGUUGAGACCCUGACAACCCAAAUGGGCUCAGGGGAAAAGAGGUACCGAAGAAGUCGGGAAGCAAGGCGUGUCUAGAAGUCGACACCCGACACCGACGGAGGGAAAAGAGGUUUCGUCGGAUCCGACCGCUAGACGGGAGGCGGUCGCCGAGACGGGCGGAUUUCGGCUAUAAAGAGGGGGUCAAUCGGCCACGAAAAGAAGAGGUCGGAAGAACCUCGUGAAGAACUCCGUUCGGAGUUGGAGACUCGCCAUCUCGCAUCGGCGACCCCAGGGCCUGAGAGGUCUUGGUUAUUUGUAUUCUCUCCUUCUGUAUCCCGUAUCCCUCGUCGAGAGCUCACUCUCCCUCUCUCACUCUCUUGCCCUCUCUCCCUUCGGCACCGGGUCUUCCGGCAGUAGCCGUCCGGAGCGCUGGCGAUUGGGAGGUUUUUGUAUUAGACAGGGAUUUAUUUGAGUCAGCGAAGUCUUGUUGAUGCCUUAGUCAAAGGGUCGUCAUCAUAAGACAAAUUACCUACCAACUCAAUCUGCCGAAAUGGCUCACCAUCCAUUCUGAAGAAGAUGAUGCGUAGCGCAACCGGCUACAACGAGCACAACCCACAGUAUGCGCCCAAUAUUCCGAGAAGGCUGAAGCUAUCUUGGACCGUCGAGAAGACAAUAAGGGAGAAAAAUUGAAGUCCCAUUGCCAUGUCUACUUCCUGGUGUAGUGACGGGGUAAACUACUCGAGGAUGCUACGUGGGAGUGCGACAUCGACCUGUUGCAAUUCAAAGACUUGAUACACCGAUAUCUCGACGAGCACCCUCUGACGAGGACGUCGGAUUCUUCGUGUGAGGGAGAAUGUGACACUCGCGGAACCUCCCGACUGGGUUGACACUGGGAGAGACCACGUGAGACACACGCGGAUUGAGGCGGGCGUUUCACACGCACGGCUGGCGCGUGGGCCACACGGAAGACGCGGUAAAAUGGGAACUCGGCAGAGCGAGUCUCCCGGAUCUAGGAUGGUCCCUCUGGAUCUACGAGAGAUGCGGAAUAAACGCAAGAAGACGUCUGUACGACGAAGAGAGAGGCGGAAGUGAGGGAGGAUAAUACGGCGGAAGAUUAUCCAGACUUCUCUGAAGAGGUGGAAGAGAGGGAGGACAAUACGGCGGAGGAUUAUCUGGACUUCUCCGAAGAGGCGGAAGAGAGGGAGGAUAAUACGGCAAAGGUUAUCCCCCUCUCUCUCUAUAAAAAGUGGAGAACUUCACUUUCUGAGGGAUGACGGAAGGAGAGGAAAUUUCAAGAGAGAGAAAGGGAAAGAGCUGUAGAACGAGAGAGAGCUUGAGUCUCGUUCGUAGGGAAGGGGAAGCUCCGGUUCGAGAGUGGGGAGUGUUCGGAGGAAGUUGGGGUAUCUGUGAAGCGCCGGCAUCGAGCAAUGAGCUGGUUAAGAGCUGCGAGAGAGCUGAAAGUCAAAGAUGGUCAUGUUGGACCCUUCUCGUCUCCCCCUGUAAGCCUUUCUUGAGAAUAAUAUUCUUCUUGCUAUUCCAUUAUCGCAGUAGGAUCGAGGAGAGUUCCACAGGUGAUCUGGGGGCUGCUCGGCAUUGAGGGGGCAACGGUCGAGGCCGGUCUUGGGUGGUUGAACCGCGAACUGGAGAGUCCACCCAUGACAGUUGGUUCCCAGAGAAAAACGAUUACAUGAAGUUGUGGUUUUCUAACCCCAUGUAGCCGUGCCCGAGGCCGCAUGGGUGGCCACUCCUGAGGCCGCAUUGGUUGGCCACAAAUACGGAUAUGUUUAUUAUUGACCUUCUCUGUUGUCAACAAUACUGACGAGGGGAGAUUAACUUUUCCGCUCUCUCCGCCCCACACGGAGAGUUGGACUCGUUGAAUACUCGUUUGGUGGGCGCCUUCUUCCUCACUGGCCACCGGUGGCAUCUUAUCGGCUACUGGCGGGCCCAUCUGAUGGAUCUUAUUGCCACACCUACGGAUAUGUUUAUUAUUGGCCAUAUCUGUUGGUCAACGACACUGACUAGAGGAGAUGACCUUUUCCGCUCUCACCGCCCCUCACCGAGAGUUGGACUCGUGGAUUACUCGUUCGGUGGGCUGCCGCCACUCCCGUCUCAUUUCACGCCCGCAGGUAUCGAGGAACGGCUCGCACGGGACGAAAAUGGUCCAGAGUAGUGAGUGGAGGUUAGCCCCCUCUAAGUGGCAGGGAAAGUCGUGUAUCGGGGUGCGCCACCUCUCUGUUAUCCUUAGUUUUAUCCUCGCACCCAGUCCGUCUUUCUCUCUCUCCUUUACCGUCUCUCCUUCGUGCCCUCCUCCUUAUCCUCGUAGGCAGGUAUCCUAUCUCCUUCCACUCCCCCCGACAUAAUUCCUCGUACCCUCGGGACUCUGGUGAACAGAGACUGUCCGACCGCCUCGCGGAGAACAGGGGAACCUAUCAGCAUCCCGUGGUCAAGCUUCUGAGUGGGCACGCAGGAAGCCGCAGUUCUCCGGAUUAUGGUGAUAAUCGUAAAUGAGUUGUAAAUGAAGAUUUACUGGAGUUGGGAGUUUGGAGUGAGGCUUCGCUGACAGAGAACAGAGACGAUGGACCCGUGCUCGGAUUGGAGGGAGGCGAAGGAUUUCGUACUCGCUCGGACGAUUUAGAGAAGCAAACGGAUGCCUUUCAUCGAUCUGGAAGAGAAUCGACGGGAGUCGAAGAGGACCAAAUGGCCUGCAGUAGGGGAAUGGAACUGGAACUGAAAGCUAUCGCUACAGAGCAAAAACGAACUAUGCUGAAUUCGGGAACGGGAAGAGAAGGGGAUCCGAUCGGGAGUUCGCUACGACUGCAACAAGGAAGGCGCCCCCCGAGAUUCUCCUACUUGGCGGGUGAGGCGGCCUUCAGCUUCAUCAUCAACGUCUUGGCGAACUCCGCCAGCUUGUCCGUCUCCGGCAUCACUCCCUUCACAGCCUCCUCGGCGCAGAACCGAUGAGCCCAAGCGGCCAGCUGAGGGAACUUGUCACCAUCCAGGAUCUUCAAGCCGGACAUCUUCUCGGUGACCCGAAUCCACGCCAAGUAGCUCCCUAGGGUGGUCCACGUACCCCACGUUGUCGCCGCCGAACCAGUUCCCCCCCUUGCCACAAGUCUGGAAGGCCUCCUCCAGCAGCUGGACCCCGGCGAAGAUCAGCUCCGCCGCGGCUGCCCGCUCCUCGUCUGUAUUCGCCUUGUUAAUAUCCCUCACCUGCAUGGCCCACUGAAGGCGUCGACAAUCGAAGUCAGAAUCGAGACAGAAGGAACACAUCACAUCGCGGAUGAGGGAGGGAUCGAUGGCAGUUCGAGCCAAUGGUGACCCCAAGUUACCUUGUCGUCGAUGUAGGCCGCCCAGAAGCGAGCGAUGGCCCGGUCGUAAGGGUCGGCGGGGAGGAUGGGGGGGCCGGAAGUCCAUGUCUCGUCGAUGUACUGCACAAUGAUGAGGGACUCGCAGACCUGGUUUUCCUCUGUGCAACAGGACGGGGAUCUUCUUGUGGACGGGGUUAGAUUUGAGCAGAAGCUCGCUCUUGGGGUUCAUCUUCUCCACGAUGAGCUUGUAGUCCACCUUUUUCAGGUUGAGGGCGAUCCUCGGUUUCAUCGAGAAGGGGCUCGGCCAAUCGCCAAGCAACUUCACAUCCUCGUACUUCCCCAUUCCUCUCUGUCUCUCUCUCACUACCCCUCCUCCGAAGUGCUCAGUAUAGAUUCCACUCGAUCCUUAGCCUUCGUCUGAAACUUCAGCCUCGCUAAAUAGCCGCGGACUUCAUGGGGAAGAAGACGGCCGUUGGGGAAGCUGCGCCGUCCGGUCGCCUACUAGCCGUUCGUUGGUGUGCGAAUACGAGAGGGUGACUCGAGACCAUCUAAUUUGUUAGUUGAGGCGUUAUUGGCCUGCGAAGCCUAGAUGCUAUUGCGAAGGACCAUUUAUCUCUUCCGGCCCAUAAGCAGCUGAACUCAUGUUAGAUAUGUCCCUUGUUCACGAAAAGAUGUCGCCCAAUGGGCGAGGGAUCCUCGAGGACAGUUGCUGGUGAUGACGUCAUCAAGUGUAGAUCAACAUGUCGGGGUGUGGGUCCAGCUGAAAGAUAAGACCGUCAAGCCGACACAUGAGCCCACGUCAGAUGUUUGUCAAACUGUUCAUUAUUAUUCGAACAGAUUUAAAUAGAGAGGGAAUCCUCCAAGAACUACACCUUAUUCGUUGAAGAUCUUCUUCCAGAGUUCUUUAUGUUAUCGUUUGCAGAGGAGGCUGUGGGAUGUUGCCGAGCUUGUGGCAUGGGUUCGGGGUUGCUCUUCUUAGCAAUGGCAAGUGGCAUGUUGUAAUAACACCAAACCAACAUAAGCGGGAUGCUUAUCAAUAUAGAGCAGGACAGAAGACCUGACAACAUCUAUUGAUUUUGCAAGAACCAUAGGACAGAGCAGAGCAUAUGAGGUAGAACAGUCUAACAGUCGUGAGAAGGGAGCAGGUGCCAACGGGCUUAUCAAUGCCUCAGAACUGUAGCUAACAACCUUGCGAGAGCAAGGCGUCACAUGAUGACAUCUCAAAGCUAAUACGCGCCCUUUUAUAAGGGACAGAACUCAGUUUGUACAAGAUCGGUAAUACUUCCCUCUCUUGUGUAUUUUUUUGCAUGAAAAAUAUGAUAUCCUUUUUGUGUUGACCUUGUUAGGUUAGGUUAACUAGGCAUCGAGGAGGAUCGUCAACGCCAAUCACAUGGGUAGAUAUCAUGUAGCUCGUGAGUUCUGGGGAGACAACUUAGCAUUAGGGAAGACAAUGAUGACUAUGGAAAGUAGAACCAAUGGGCAAAUGUUGGUCAUCUCAUAAAGAGUUCGGAAAUCGUCUUCAAGUUAUAGAGGUGUGGUUAGAAGACCUGCAGACAAUAACAAUGGAGGCGAUUGCCCGCAUGAGAUAAAUCAGGGCUGAGCUAUAAUGUUGCUGCUCACCCAGAGGAGCUAGAGGCCCUCUCAAUAACGUGGUGUUGUUGAAGCAUAUGGAAACUUGUACAUAUCUGGUUGAGGUGUCAUACAUAGUAUGCCAACCUUUCAAUACCCAAGGCAUAUGUAGAGACUCAUGACACUCAUGAAAUUGAGAAUUUCUUGAGAUAUUGACCAAAAUUUUAAGGCGAGUCACGUUGUGGAGCAGGAUUUCACAAUUAUUAUUAUGUAUCUUAUGCAAACACCAAAUUAUGGUGGAUGACUUAAUCCCUAGAUCAUUGGGACCUCAUCUCCACUUGAGAUAAGUUCAUGUGGGAAUGGAAAGAAUAAUUCCUCUUGACAAACAACACAUGAUUUCUCAAAAAUAAACUCUGCCAACUCCACCACAUUGAAAUGACUGAGGGAGUAUGUGAAGCAGUUUGCUUCACUAUUCUUGGACAUAAAAAAUAUGUCUAAAGAGAACAAGUUGUUCAAUUUCAUAAUUAAUCUUCAAACUUGGAUAUAGGAAUAGUUGCAAUGCCAAAGUAUUCAGGAUGUAUAGUGGCAAUUGAUGCCUUGAUGAACUAUAAGAUCAACCUUGCUGACAAUAAGGAGGCUAUCAAAUGAUAGAAUGAAGGUAAGUAGAACAAACAGUGUAGCAACUACAACAAGUCACUUGAAACAAACUAAGGUUAAUCUAGAUAGAAGCAGUACGAAGAGAGAGGGAAAUCCCCUCUGAAUCUCCUAAGAAUGAAUGAUUCGUUUGUAGAGGUACUCACUUGCCAAGGGAUUGUGUUGACUGUGCAUAUCAAAGUGGAGCCAAAUGGACAAUAGUUGUCUGAUUUUGGAUAAACACCCGUUGAAGAGACCAUUAUUCCUUCCCUAAACUCUCUUCAUUAUUAGGUGUGCCUAAUAACAAUGUAUAGAGUCAAUAAUUUUAUUAGGAUAUCAGCUCAUCUUUAUGGAAUUUAUCAGCUAUCCACCAUGGUGGAUAGCAAGGCAACCGACAACAUUAUCUCAUAGAAAGUAGUCACUCGAUUAGACUUAGCAUUGCCACGAGAAGAGGUCCAUAUUGAUAUUAUCAACUCAAUAGCACAUGAGAUCUUGCUGCAUGUCAAAAGAUGGAUAGGGUCAGUAGACUUCGUGAUCCUAGUCAUGGAUGAUUUCGAAAUAAUCAUGAGGAUGAAUUAUGGACACAAAAUAUUUUUUCACAUUAUUUUGGUGUUUUCACCAAAGGCUUGGUACACCCAUAUUUUGUCCCAAAAGUAAGGAAAACACUUGUAAUUUAUGGAUCUAAAAUAUUAUUUACCCUAAAACUACAAGAUAGAUUGAGAAACGAGGCCUAUCCAUAAACAUUCAAGAACUAGACAAUGAGGUUUGUCGACAAAACUUGAGUGUCACUUAAAAACUGAUGCAUACGACAUGGUAGUAGUGAUGGAGGCCGGCGCAUAAAGCCAACCUCUACUUGGAGUUGCGUGACUCUUAAAAGAGUUUCAAGACCUAUUACUAGAAAGAAUUUCAACACGUUUACCACCUUGUCAUGAGGUGGAGCAUGGGAGAGAGCUUACAUCGGGCACACGCCCACCAGCAAACGUUCUAUACAAGAUGACACCAAUGUUUCUAGAGAAGCUACAUAGGUAA